AAUGCGUCACUGCGCACAGAAGGGCGUGUGGCGUCACACUCUCGCGUGAUGAGACUUCUGCUCUCGGGAUUUACUGGCACACACGAGUCAUGAAAGAAAGAAAAAAAAAGAUAAAUUCCAAGCCAAUAGACCAGCAUAUGGAGGAAAUUCCAUAUAAGCUGCGUGAGAUAAUGAAGAGUAGAAUGGAAAUGGACAACCCAAAGAAAAAGAAAAAGCCCAAGCCAGCAAGGCAAGGAACGCUGAAUUCAGAGCUGCAAACAGACAUACCGGUCCCAAAGUUUAAAAGGAGAAAGAAAGAAUCUGUGGGGGCCUACCUGAAUCGCAUGAAUCAAGAAACACAGCAUGUUAUGUUCCUCAGCAAGAACCAGCCAGAUCGUUGUCCUGAGAUGGAAGAGGAGGAGGAGGUGGUGGGGGAAGAAAAAGAGGGAUGUGCUCAAAAAAAGAAAUCCCAAAAGAAGAAAGAGUUUGACAGGAGAAGGCUAGAUAAAAUACUGAAGAAAAAGGAGGAUAAGAAAGAAAUUAUCAUGGAAAAGAAUAUAUUCAAAGAUAAGGUACAGUUUGGUGAGGUUGCCAUGGAACCACCAAUAUUUACAUCCAAACCCAGAAAGAGCACCGUCCAGACCAAGCCUGGAGAGAAACCACUUCUUCUCAAGAAACUUCUAGGGGCAGAAAGCAGGCAAAGCAACCCUCCUGUAUUGUCCCUGGCAAGGAAGAGACUGAUUGAUGAAGAACGUGAGCGGGUUAUACAGGCUUACAGACAGCUGAAGAAGCAGAAGGUGCAAUCUGGCAAGGAGAUCAGUUUCCAAAAAUCUUAACCCUUAUUAAACCCACAUUGCUUGAUCUGCUAAGUAAGUACAAAAAAAGGCAGCAGGUUUUUUGCACAGCAUAUAAGGCUAAAGCAUCAAGCUAUCGGAGAUCAGCUUGGAAAAGCAGUGGAAGAACACAAGAAAAUACUUGUGCAGGGCAGAACUGAGUGAAGUGAUGAGAGAUACUGCUGCCGUACCAGGCUCCCGACUCAUUGCCAGAAGGAGCUAACUAUUCUGAGAGUUAAACACAUUCUUACACAUUGGCUUGCAGUGAUGUUCUUUGGCAAUGCUAUUUAUCCAAGUAACUUUGUAACUGGUUAAAUGUGCUCCUGACAUGUAUAAGCCAGUGAUGAUUCUAUGACAUGUUUGUGGGUCACGUUGAUCCAGACAGAAAAAUGUAAAUAUCUUUUAUAAUUCAUAUUGCCUUGACUUAGAGAAAAUAUAUAAAUAAACUGUAUUGUGGAUUAAGACUGGA